CUUCCUCCCUCCAUUUCCAGACGUACUAGGCCCAUAAAGAUAUGUCAAAGCUGCAAAUCCUCUGCAUCUCUUUUCUGCUCUUGUUUUGCUGCCUCAUAAUCAAAGCCCAGAGCACUAGUAAUAAGAAUUCCGAUCAUGGCUGUGUUCCAUCCUCCUGCGGGAACAUAAAAAACAUAGCCUACCCCUUCCGUUUAAAAGGUGAUCCCAAGAAUUGUGGUGACCCGGACUUCGAACUCGACUGCCAGAACAAUCGCACCAUUCUAACCUUGAAUUCCAAGAAAUUCCAUGUCCAGGCCAUCACUUACGAUAACUUCACAAUCAGAGCAGUUGACCCGGGUGUAGACAACAAUGAUUCCUGCUCUUUCCCCACUUAUGCAUCCAUCCGAUACGAUGAUCUUCCAACCCUCGUGUACAACAAAUUCUUUGAUUACAACAUCCCCGUGGCUUACAUCAACUGUCUGAAACCCGUAAAUGCUUCCCGAUACCUGGACAAUACUGCCUGCAGAAAUGGGAGCGCCGCUGCCGGUAGUAGUAGUUCCGCAUUUUCCAACUCUUCCAGGGUCCACAGUUACAUUGCCGUUGGGGAAGAUUUGAAGGUAUCGGAUUUGGAGGAGUCUUGUGGGGUUGAGAUGUUCACCAGGGUCUCAUCCCGUGGACCCAUGAAGGAUAUCACGACUUCUUUGGCAAGCGUUCAUGAGUUGUUGGCUUAUGGGUUUGAGCUCUCGUGGUUCAGGGUGUUAUGUCAAGAAUGUGAAUCCACUCAUGGGUCUUGCAGUCUCCAAGAUAACACUGUUACUUGUCGCCAUUAUUGCCCUGAAGACGUACCACUUUCACAACUUGGUUUUCGCUGUCAGUUCGAGUUCUGGGGUGGUAUUAUUGCACUCAUUUCGGCCAUUGCUUUAGGAGGACUUGUGGGACUGCGAUUUUUAUGUGGCAUUACGUGCUUAAUAGCAUUAGUGGUGUAUAAAUGGAGAAGACGACACUUAUCAGCUGAUGAAACCAUUGAAGAGUUUCUGCAAAGCCAAACUGGCCUUGCACCGAUUAAGUACAGUUACUCUGAGAUCAAGAAGAUGACAGAGAACUUUAGGGAGAAGCUGGGCGAAGGAGCCUGUGGAUCUGUAUAUAAAGGGAAACUUCGUAGUGGGCCUUUUGUUGCAGUGAAGAUAAUAGAAAACUCCAUCACUAGUGAGCUAGAAUUUGUGAGUGAAGUUGCUACAAUUGGUAGGAUUCACCAUGUAAAUGUGGUGCAGCUCGUUGGUUUCUGCACUGAAGGAUUAAAACGUGCUUUAAUAUAUGACUUCAUGCCGAAUGGCUCUCUUGACAAAUACAUUUUCCCAAGGGGACAGUCUGUUUCCUUGAGCUGUGAGAAGCUGUUUGAAAUUGCUCUUGGGGUGGCUCGUGGGAUUGACUAUCUACAUCGAGGUUGUGACAUGAGGAUCCUACACUUUGAUAUCAAACCCCACAACAUUCUUCUGGAUGAGAAUUUUAAUCCCAAAAUAUCUGAUUUUGGGCUUGCUCAAUUAUGUCCAACCAAUGAAAGCUUUAUAUCCCUCCCAGCUGCAAGAGGAACAAUGGGAUACAUAGCUCCGGAGUUGUUCUAUAAAAACAUUGGAGGGGUCUCGUAUAAGGCUGAUGUGUAUAGCUACGGAAUGCUGUUGAUGGAGAUGGCAAGCAGGAGGGAAAAUAGAAAUCCAGGUGCUGAGCAUGUCAGUCAGAUUUACUUCCCUUCUUGGGCUUAUGACCAUCUUCAUGCUGGAAAGGACAUAGAUAUGGGAUGUGCUACUGCAGAAGAAAGGAAGCUGGUGAAGAAGAUGAUUCUGGUGGCUUUGUGGUGCAUACAGAUGAAGCCAGCUGAUCGACCGCCUAUGAACAAACUCGUUGAGAUGCUUGAAGGAGAUGCUAAUCUCGUGCAUAUGCCUCCAAAACCUUUCCUAGCUCCACGCGAGAUGGCUGAGGAAUAUGGGACAAAUACAAGUGGAGGAUCAUCAUCUUUGGUACUAUCUAUCCAUUGAGACCACAGAUUAUGCUGCUAGUUAGCACAUUCAGAUGGGGAAAAUUACUUUUAGGCAAGCCUAAAUAGUUUUUAUUUGUUUAUUCUUUGGACUGGAAAUCUGCAAGGUGAAGCUUGAAAUCUUUUUCUUAAAUUCUGUGAGUAAAUCUUUUGUUUCUUUGGGUGGAACUCCGUAAGUUGAAGCCAUCGCUGUUGUUA